CGCUGGGUUGCCAAAUAACCCAAGUUGGGUUGUUUUUACCCAGCAUUUUUAGUGUAGCAAUAAUAUUCUAACAUACCUUUCAGUUCUACCCUGUAUGAACUUUACAUCAAACUGUACAUUUUUACAUCAAUUCAGUACGGUCUUUUUGCCCUUGAGUGGCAGAGGUGACCUCAGCAUCUCACAUCACAGUGUUCCCCGGAGCCCGCGCGCUGAUUGAAGUGUUCUGGUUGCCAUGACUACUGAGAACCUGUGAGGGACCAAUGCGCGGCGCUGCUUCCACAUGAGCGCGCAGACUCUAUAGGCUGCGCUAUAAAAUACUCCUCUUCCCUGAGAAACAAGCGACGAUUGGAUGAUGUCUGGAUUGGAUGAUGUCUGAAUAAAGUCUCUAUUAAGGACUAAGCACUCGCGUUCAUCACGUGCUCAUACGCGCAAGCGUUGAGUCGGCUGGAGUAUGCAAAGCGAAUGUGAUCUUGCAUUCCCAUCUCCUCCUCCUCCUACUGGAGCCGACACGGAGAGGCGUUUCGUCAUGUGUAAAGAAACAGUUUUACCGCAAUGCUAUUUCAAUAGCCCUCCAGCUCCGCACGAGAGCCACUGACCCAAGAGGAAAGGGUGGUGCCGCGCACUGGCAUAGUCCAUGCGCGUUCACGCGUUUAUCUGGAGUCGGCUCAGCAGACAAGAACCGAGCGGAGCAGGUGUGCGCUUUCAGUCUGGAUUCAGACCUCCUCUCUCGCGUCUCUGACUUUGAUGGACUUACAUGCGGCGCGUUAACUGCGGUGGAUGACUCCAUAUGCGUGUUUAUUCCUCAGGGUGAAAGUGUCCUUCUUCAGAACACAGAUCAGUGGAGAUCUUCAUCAUGAAUACAGGUAGUGAUUCCCAGUCAUCAGAUUCAGAUGCCUGGCGUUCACGCAGUGUGUCUGAGGGGUUGCGGAAUGGAGAUGCCAGCAGCUCGUCCUUGACUUCUAAAGGCUUCCGCAGCGUUAGACCCAAUCUACAGGAUAAGAAAUCUCCCACUCCGGUCCCCUUGCCGCCCCCUCGGAGAGAGAGCUAUCACAUGACCCCUAACCCCCCAUCUUAUAGUUCCCUCGCAAUGCUGUCAAAUGCCUCCCUCUCUCCCCCACAGAGUGAUGAUGCCAUUUCCUCAGGCUCUUACACCAUCCAGUCUAGCGCCACUUCCUCAUACUCAUACUCUAAGACUACCCAAACCUCCACUAGCACCUCUGGAGCCCCCCUCGAGGAGCCCCCCUUGUCCCAACAGGCUAAUGCUAACAGUUUUAUCACUCGGGUUCUGGGGAGCAAAUUGUCAUCUUCGAAAUUUUCAAAUGACCAACUGAAUGCAGCCCCUAACAAGACGAAAAUUAUUAAAACUGAACCUAAAUCUAAAACUAAGCCGAAGAGUACAUUUGCUCCCCCACCUCAAGACCCCACUGCUACUUCUGAAACACACGUAGCCUCUCUCUCCAUCCAGUUAGCUCCUCGCAGUCCAGAACCCCAAGCAGAGACUCAGUCAGGGCCUGAGACUAAAUCCAGGACAAACGCAGUGGACCCCGCUGACCCCACGCAAGCCCCUGUUGUACCACCAAGACCAGCGAGCAGUUUGUUGGGUCAGAUGGCAGUGAACGGAAGCUCUCAAUCUCAGAGGCCCUUCUCUCCGCCUGCGUACCCUCCUCCACCCCCAACCCUCAGCCCAGGCCUAGUAAAAAUCCAGCAGGGUCGUAGUUCAGAGGGUUCAGAGACAGUGAAGAGAGAGACCGUGAUCUCUGGUCAGACAGUGGUCAGCAGCUCUGUGCCCAUCGCUCGUUUCUCGGAGGAAGAGAAGAAGGUGUCCAUCAUAAAAGCACCCCAUUACGAAGGCAUCGGACCAGUGGAUGAGUCAGGCAUUCCCAUCGCCAUCCGAACGACUGUGGACAGACCCAAGGACUGGUACAAAACCAUGUUCAAACAGAUCCACAUGGUUCAUAAAGCAGAUGAUGACUAUGCAGACACAUAUAAUGCAACAUACGCUGUCAUAAACAACGAAAAUUACCCUCCUGUUCAUGCCCACCCACCGCCUCGAACACACACCUACCGGCCUCUCUCUAGAAAUACCUCAGAAACGCCAGACGGUGCCAUCCAACGGGAGCUCUCGCCAUCACCCGUGCCUCCUCCGCCCCCUCCGAUGCCCUCUCUCCUCCAGCUCCGUUCACGAGACAUGGACAGAGAGAAAGAGUUCUCGCACGACCCAAAUGAGUGGGGUCCUCCAGAUCGAAAAGUGGACACGCGUAAAUACCGGGCGGAACCACGGAGCAUCUUUGAGUAUGAGCCGGGCAAAUCCUCCAUCCUUGAGCAAGAAAGGCCUACGUUUGAUUUAAACCCAGAUGACAUAGAUUUAGAGAAUGAGCCUUGGUUUAAAUUCUUUUCCGAGUUGGAGUUUGGACGGCCGCCUCCUAAAAAGAGGUUGGAUUAUAAUCCUGACUACUCCACACAUGCUGUGGCACAGUCAUCCCUCUAUCUCUCGCCUUCUGAACGACCCGAGGGCCCUUCAAGUUCUGCAAGUGACUACAGAAAACGGCGAAAGUCGGAACCAUCUGUCACUCAAGCCAACACAGGAAUUGAGCAGAAUGCCAGUCAAGUAUUUUCCCGCCCAGCUGACUCCAAUAAAGCACAGACGCUGAAGAAGCCCACCAUACGUUCCUCCCCCUCCUCACCAUCCAGACCCAAAGCUGGAGACGCUAGUGAGUCACUCUCCUCCUGUAUGAGCUCUCCAGGUAUGGAGCGCCCUUCCUCUCGUCUCUCCUCAGACUCCCUCACUAUCUCCACACCAACCUGGCGUGGCUCCAAGCGCUCCAUCUGCUUCAAGAACGGUUGGCAGACAGGCCGACAUGAAGCUACGGAGACUUGGAGUAGCGUUGACGACGAAUCUGUCGUGACGCCUUCAUCACCACGGCUCAAAUCGCGCAGCUGUGAUGAUUUGUUGUCUGAUGGACACGGUGCUAGUAAUAACGGGAGAGCGUCCACUUCUGUGACUACCACGCGCUCUGAAAGUGCAGGUUCGUUGCUUGAUGAAGAUGCUCCACAGAAGCCUCAAGUAAAAAGUCUUACCUCAUCUCCCAGGGGGCGCCGACAUCACCGGCGUAAGAUGGCACACGAUGCUCCAGGUUUCCUUCAGCUCUACAAGAAAAUGCACCAUAUAGACCGUGAGCAGCUAUUGCCCUCAGAGGUGAUUCGUUCGGUACGUGCACGAAUCCUUGAGCUUGAACGGCUACAGCAACAACAGAGGCACAACCUCCACGGUUGGGCAGCUUUUGGUAGUGAGGUACCACGACACAUGGUCCCAAACCGUAUAUCGGAAUAUGAACAGCUUAUCCAGAAAUCAAAGUCCAUGCCAGACCUUGGUGAUGAGAAUGCCCCGUCGGGCACCACCACACCUGGGUCCUCUAGGGCCAGCAGCUGUCCCAAACGACGCUUUUCUGUGGAAUCACUUUUGGAAGAGGAGGAUCCUCCUGAAAGGGCUCGAAGUCCCCCUGAGGGACAACCAAGACCAGGACCAGACAGCAGUAGCCUGGGGCCAAUUCAUGGGAAGAACCAGAGGCAGCAUCAAGACUACUCAGACAGCGAGCAGGACGCCUGUGCCUCGGAAAUGAGCGACAUCCACAUAGAAGGGUCUUCAUUGUGUAGCGAAAGCGACCUUGAUCAUUGCUCACUUACCUCAUCGGAGAGCUUCUUCGGUUCUGGGCAACAUCACCAUCAUGGACACCACCACGGACACCGUUACCACCGCCACCAUCACAUGCACCAGAGUGUGGGUCAGAGUCAAGGUUACCAACACCGCCACCUCAUCAGCACCUGUAAGGGUCGCUGUCCGGCAUCCUAUACACGAUUCACCACCAUGCUAAAACACGAGCGACAACAAGAAAGGGCUCGGCAGGAGUCACACCCUGCCGCCACAUCUCCACUAGCCCAACAGUCACCCAGUGAGUCAGGCCUUUCCAAACUCGCCUUCCUGGUCAGUCCUGUGCCUUUCCGCCGGAAACGAGGCUCCCCGCCAACCCAGCGUCGACAUUGCAGAAGCGGUCGGCCGAAAUCCAAAACCGCAAUUUAUGAGGCUUUAGAUGCCGCUUUGCAGGACAUUUAUGACCACAUAAGGGCGGAAAGGGGGCAAGGACCAGCAAGGAUGCCUGAUGAUAGCAUAUUGCGGCGGUUAUUGGAGGAGUUGCUACCAGACGUGCCCAAACGUAGCUCCUCCUUGCGGGCUCAGAGAGGGUCCGGCUCCCCCUCCUCGCCCCAUGUCCACCAGCCUUACCAUGGAGCCCACCAAUGUGCCUCCUACCAGCAGCAACACCACCAUGCAGACGCCUCCAACAACAACCAGCAUAAUGCUAAUGCUAAUGUGCACUGCUAUUCAGAUCAGGGCUCUGAUACAGGACGUCUCACACCACAAAGCAGAAGACCCACGCCAGAAAGAGAGGUAUCAUCUAAGCAGAUGACCUAUCUUAUAUUGUCUUCUCUCCUCCAUCAGAAACAGUCUGCCAGGGCUAUUUAUGAUUUUAAAGCUCAGUCUGCCAAGGAACUUUCCUUUAAGAAAGGUGAUGCUGUCAACAUCAUCAGACAGAUUGACAGUAACUGGUAUGAGGGGGAACACAGAGGAAGGAUUGGAAUUUUCCCCAUCUCUUAUGUUGAGAAAGUGGCAUCUCCAGAGCGGAGGCAGCCUGUCAGGCCUCCUCCCCCAGCUCAGGUUCGAGAGAUGGGAGAGGCCAUAGCACGAUACAACUUCAAUGCUGACACUAACGUGGAGCUUUCUCUUAGAAAGGGGGAGCGAGUGAUCCUUCUAAGGAAGGUGGAUCAGAAUUGGUAUGAAGGAAAGAUUCCUGGUUCAAACAAGCAGGGCAUUUUCCCUGUGUCCUAUGUCGAUGUGAUCAAGGGCUCUCCUUCCAAGAGCCCCAGUCGCCAAGGAGACACGCACACAUACAGGGCACAUAAGCACUAUACAGAGUCCUCCCAUUUGCAGUGUUUUGAUUCUGCCACUAAGACUCACCUUCAAACAGUCACUAGCGAAUGGCUGUCCCUUACAUUGGGUGUCUCCACCACAUCCCCAUCUUCCUGUGAAAGUCCAGUCCCACCCACUCCUCCUCCAUUACCCAGCAAUCUACACUGCACAAGCCCCCAAUCCCCUGCUCCACUUGCGCGAAGGUUCACGCCACCACAAAACCUUUCCUCAAAAUGCUCCCCUGUUCCUAGCCAAGGACCAAUCACUUCAAAGUCCUCAAAUAUUUCUCUUUAUUCUUAUGAACAUCUCUACAGAGAUAAACUGACAGCAGUAGAUGUACCACAAACAUUCGGUUUACCAGUGAAACGGAUCACAGACCAUAAUCAAGAUCUGGAACGAAAGGGACAUGAUGGUAAAAAGUUCUUAGAAGAUAUGCAUUUAAAAGAGCAAACCUUGAAACAAAACUAUGACCCAUCCAAGCUAAUAAACGAAGCUGAUCCAUAUGGUGAGCUUAUGUCGAUGUUUCUGAAAAAUCAACUUUAUAAUGAACUUCAAUUCAAAUUGGGCAUUCGUUCAAAAAACAAGGCUAAUCAAGAAGUAUUACCUGAUAAGCCAAUGUCCAUCAGUCCAAGCCACAAAUCAGAGAAUAUACUGGAUAAACGUCAUGAUAUCUACGAGAAAAAGGCUGAGGAGGUGCUGUCAGUUAUUUUGAAUGAGAAAACAGAGUUUUACAGUCCAGUAGCUGCUAUAAAAUGGGAGGAACUUCCUGAGUUGUACAUAAAGGAAGAGGACGAUGAAACAAACAACAGAUCAGGCUUGGAGACUGUAUCAAAUAAAGAGGCUGACUCCUCCUCCAUCACUCCAUCUCUUCCGUUCUCCACCUCCCCCAUCCCUAAUUCCACCCUUGCUCUCCCUUCCACUAGUUUUUCUGCUGUUCACUGUUCUCCACUGUCUGCUUCCAAAGCUUCUCCAUGUCCUCAUUCUUCUAUUCCUCUUCCUUUGGUGCCCUAUUCCUCCUCUGUCCUCCAAACCUCAGUUGUAUCUUCCCCUUCUGACUCUCCUCUCCCUCCAUUAUGUCUCUCCACUCCUUCACCUCCUCUGUCUCCUCCAAACUCCCCAAUCCCUCUUCCUCCUCCUCCUUCAUCGACUUUCAAUGUUCCUAUUCCUUCACUGCCUUCUUUGCCUUCUAAUUAUCAAUCAUCUCCUUCUGUCCUCCCUCAGCUUUCUUCUCCCACUCCAGCUCCUAUUCUCACAAAUAUCCCUUCCUCCCACUCUCCUUCUCCUCCCCCCUCUCCUCAUAUCUCACCAAUCCCUCCAUCACCUCGUUCAUCUCCUAUUCCUCCUUUGCAUGCUCCUCUUUAUACCUCCUGCCAGCCUCUUCUACCAACUAUUCCAGCCUCUCCACCCUCCUCUCCCUCUCCUCCUCCAUCUUCUUCAGACCAAAUCCCAUUUCCUCCCAGGUCUCCUCCACUCUUCACUUCUCCUCCUCCCUCCUCUGUGCCUGUAGUCUCCACUCAGCCCUCUCCAUCCAUCCCUCCAUCCUCUCCCUCUAUUCCUCCUCUCUCCCCACGUUCACAGCCUCGGUCUCCUAAGAUUAAGAAAAUGAUGCAGGAUUCUCAGCAUUCAAGUGGUGACCCCUUCCAAGCUGUGUACAACUAUGUCCCUCGUAAUGAGGAUGAGCUGGAGCUGAAGGAUGGGGAUGUUAUUGAUGUCGUUGAGAAAUGUGACGACGGCUGGUUUGUGGGUACCUCUCGGAGAACCAGGUUAUUUGGAACAUUCCCAGGAAACUAUGUUAAACCGCUUUAACAAAAAGGAAACAAUGGCACAAAUACGGCCACUCCAGUGCCUACUGUGUAGGGCCAACGAGGCACCUCACCUUUGAGAAAGUGUGUGUGUGUCCAUACGUGUGAGUGUGUUCACAAACACAACAGUUUUAGCUCUGCCAUGUCCACACAGACAAACCACUGAAGUUUCUUUCACUUUGAGCACUUUGUUUUUGUGCCAUCACACAGUCUUCUUGCUGUUCCUUCAUCUGCUAUUCUGACAACAGCACAUUACUUUUUUUCCUGUUUCGACAUUUCGUUAUUUGCCAGGAUGCGGUAGCUCAGAGUUAGUAUGGUGAGGAUUCAGGCAGCCACAGUAUCAAGUGAGGUCAGUAGAUCAGAAGAAAACUCAGGCAUCAGUGUUGAACUGAGUGUGUGUGUGUUUUGUGUAAUAAACAAUACUAGGUUUAUAGCAAUAGAGACCAGUGGUUAUAGAUAAGAAUGGAUAGUGUCAUCAAAAUGAGAUAAAGGUGAUAUCAUGGACGAUUAUGAAAUCACUCAUUCCCCUUGUGUGUGGCCAAAAUAAGUGAUAGGAACAGAAUUAAUGUUUUAAACAUUAAUAGUAUAGGUAACAAUACUUUUGCCAUACAGAAUUACAAAAUAACUGUCAUGGAGCAAUUUCGGUAUUGUUUAAGUGGCAGUCAUUCAUAUAGGAUAAUGUUCGUAUAAUAAUCAGUGCAUUGUGGGUAUUUGUAUAAGUUGUCUUUAAAAAGAAGGUGCAUUAACAUUCUGGAAAGGAAAGAUGCUUUUAUGGAAUUUGGUAACAAAUAUUUGAUUAAUGAACUUUUUCUAAUGUUUACUUGAGGAUUUUAUGAAUGGACUGAGUUUUAGAAUUGUAAACCAGGUGUUAGUGAACCACCUGACUUUAAUACAGUAAAGAAAAAAAACAUAAACUAAUAUUAAAGCAUUGCUUGUUUUUGUAAUGAAUGGCAACAAUGUUACAAGGUGGGCCUGCUAAGAUGUUUGAAUUUUUUUUGUUUGUUUACCUAAAUUAACUUAUUUCUCUAAAACAUAAUUUUGAUUUUCUUUUUUUUUUUAAUUUGAUUUCUGGUAUAAAACGUAAAUGAUGUAAUUUAUCUGCCACAUUUCUAUGAAAGGCCAUUUCCACCACUGAAUAAAAAAUAAAAAAAAGGUAUUUGCAACUCUAUCUCACAAUUCAAAUUUUUGAAUUCAAAUUCAAACUUUCAGUUUUGACUUUUUUUUCCUCAGAAUUGAAAUAUAAACUCAAAUGCAAAUUAUAAAGUCACAAUUCUGAGAAAUGAAUUUAGAAUUGUGUGCUAUAAAGUCGCAAUUGUGAGUUAUAAAGUCAGAAUUGUGAGAUACAAACUUGCAUUUUUUACUUUUUUUUUCUCAGAAUUGUGAGAUAUAAACUCGGUAUCAGUGAUAUAAACGCGCAGUUGUGAGUUAUGUCAGAUUUGCAAAAUAAACUUGCAAAUCUAACUUUUUCCUCAGAAUUGCGUGAUAUAAACUAGCAAUUGCGAGUUAUAAAAUCAGAAUUUUGAGACAUAAACUUACAGUUCUGAGAAAAGUUUAUCUCGCAAUUCUGGCAUAACUCGCAACUGCGAGUUUAUAUCACUGAUAUUGAGUUUAUAUCUCACAAUUCUGAGAAAAAAGUCAAAAUUGCAAAUUUGUGUCAUGCAAUUAUGUUUAUUUCUCAGAAUUCUGAAAUUUCUCAGAAUUGCGAGUUCUGAGAAUUAUCUUGCAGUUCUGACUUUAUAACACACAGCUGUAAGUUAUAAAGUCAGAAUUGAGAUAUAAACUUGCAAUUCUGAGAACAUAAUAGUCUUUUUAGCCCCCCUCGCAAUUGGGAAUUCAUAUUUCACAAUUCUUUACAAAAAGGUAAGAAUUGCGAGAUAUAAACUCACGGUUGUGAUGAAAAAAGUCAGAAUUGCGAAAUACAAACCCGCAGCUGUGAGUUUACAUAAUGCAAUUCUGAGAAAAAAGUCAGAAUUGCAGGUUUAUAUCAUGCAGUUUUGACUUUAUAACUUGCAUUUGCGAGUUUAUCUCUAUUCUGAGAAAAAAGUCAGAAUUGCGAGUUUGUAUCAUGGAAUUUUGAGAAAAAAGUUGAAAUAACCUUUUUUUUUAUUCAGUGGCGGAAACGGGCUUCCAUGUUUCUCAUGAGAUUCACUUUUAAAAUUGCAUCAUGUAACGCAAUAGAGAGAGCUGGUGGUCUUUGAUGAAUGUUUGUAUGCCUGUCUGAUGUUCGAAAUGUUUUGUUUUUACGAAGGAUUUGUAUAUCAGUAUUUUCUGCACUAAGUGUAUCACUUGUUGUGUUCUCAUCUGAAAGCAUAUAGCUUGUGUUGCAUCGGCUUUUACAAUAUAUUCAGUAUAUGGAAAAGUGUGUCUAUGAAUUUCACAGACAGCAGAGCAAUCUUAAAGCACCUUAAACAUUUAUUAGUUCUAUUAUUUUUGUUUGCUUUAAAGCUGAAGUGAGUAAGAAUGUUAAGAAUAAAAUGUAGGGACAAUGUAAGUAAACUAUAUUCAUAGGUUGAAUAAUUUACAGCUUUGUUGAUUUUGAGCACAACCAGUUGUUUGAUUUUGAGGCGGGGCUUUCUGUUGGGCUGACCAAUGGAAGAGUUUUGGAAACCUGUUUGAAAACAGAAAUUACACACUUCAGGUUUAAAUGUUUUGAUCACACUGUUGGCAUUUUACAGCUUCAUGGCUAUGUUUGCUGAUACUUUAUAUGUCUUUUUGUAUUGUAUUAUACAUGAGUUUCACUUACAUUAUAAAGCUCUUCCUUUCUCACUUUUGGUUUCUUUCAUCUGUUUUAGUCCUUGAUAUGUCAUCCCAUGUGCCAAAUUUAUUCUUCAACUUCUUUGGUGCAAAAAAAGAAAGAAAAUGUAUGCAAAAAAACAAGCAUUUUUGGCCACUAAUAAAGGACUUUCUUCAGCAAAGGAUGGACACUGGUGCACACUCCAGUCAAACUGGAGUUGGGAGAUUUCUUUUUCACUGUUUGCAAACUACUGUCCUCUACUAAAGACAGUGGAUUUUUUGGAAGGCAUUUUUUGCCUUUUUCCUUAUAGCCUUUUGACUGAACAACAUAUAGUGUUAUUUGAUGUGUGUGCUUGAUGAGCUGGUAAGCUUGAGAGAAUUUAGUUUAACCUGCUCUGCUUUCUUUCUCUCCCUCUCUUUCUCUAUCUCUCUCCCUCUGUCUCUGCUCUUUUGUUCUGUUCAAUAUCCAAUAAAUUUCUGCUCAGUUA